AUGGCGGGAGAUGAAAUUGUUGUGGAGGCACAAGGAGGAUUGACUAUAGCUAACCUUGUGGUGGCAAUGAACAACAUGACCGCUCAGUUGACGGCUAAGAUAGACAGAGUGGAAAUAAGGAUGCAAGCCCUUGAACAAGGGGAGCACCAUUGGUUCCGGGGACAACGGGUUCUAGUUUUGGUUAAGUUCAAGAUAGGAGCUUACCAAGAUGAGGUAAAAUGUGAUGUGGUACCAAUGCAAGCAUGCCAUUUACUUUUGGGAAGGCCGUGGCAAUAUGACAGAGUUGCAAUUCAUGAUGGCCGAGCCAACACAUAUGCGAUUCAAAGUGAAGGUAAGAGUCUCAUACUCAAGCCUUGGUCACCAAAGCAAGUGAUAGAGGAUUAUCAUCGGAUGAAGGAGUUGAAGAAAGCAGCUAAAGGUAAGGCUAGUAUUGUGACUGAUCCUAAGUCCACAUCACCACCGCUGGGUAACGAAAAGGUAUGUGCAAUCAUGCAACCGGGAGAGUACUUCAAAGGUAACGAUGAAAACAAAAUGAUGAUUUGCCUAGUGCAUAAAGGUAUUCUCUUGAGUGAUAGUGAUGAUUUGUCUAAUGCUAAUCAAUUUUCAAGUUUUGUUGCGAACCUUUGGCACGAUUUUGUGGAUUUAUUUCCCGAGGAGAUGCCAAGCGGUCUGCCUCCCUUAAGAGGAAUUGAGCAUCAAAUAGAUUUGAGCCUGGAUCCCAAAGUCCGAACAAACCAGCCUAUAGGUGUGAUCCGAAAGACACCAAGGAACUCCAAAGGCAGGUUGAUGAGCUUUUAA